AGAAACAAACAAAGCAGGCGAGAAUAAUUGAAGGUUCUGUAGGAUAAUCUUUGAGGGAACGACGCGAAUAAAGAAGGCGAGAAUCUGAGAAACUGACAAUGGUUAAGGUGGAAGUUGAGCCACGCGCCCCCGUCGAAGGUGGUUGCGGAGAUAUCCUGGGAUGUGGUGUUGUCGACGGUGACGGCGACGAGGAGAAUCACGUGGUUGAAAUCGCCGGUAACGGAACCGUGAAUGGUACCAUCGACGGAUCUGUUGCUGGAGAAGGUGGAUUCUCAGCUGAGGAACCGGUUCACGAAGCUAGGUCCACGGACGCUCCUUCCUCUGAUGUGCCAGAUCCUUCAACCAUCCUUCCAAAUCAACUUACUAUCUUCUUUGGUGGGAAAGUUUGUGUCUUCGAUGGAAUCCCAGCAGAAAAGAUUCAAGAAAUCAUCCGCAUUGCUGCUGCUGCCACUGCUAAAUCCAUCGAGACAAAGAACUCUACAAGCGUGAAACCUGUACUUUCUCCAGCACUGAACAGAGCUCCUUCUUUCUCUAGCACCUCUACUGGAGCUUCACCAGCUGCGCCGUCAUUGCCCGUUAACCCAAUUCCGUUUUGCAGAUCUGCUGCUGAUCUGCCAAUUGCAAGGAGGCAUUCGCUUCAACGAUUCCUUGAGAAGAGAAGGGACAGGUUGGUCAACAAAAACCCUUACCCUGCUUCAGACAUGAAGAAGACAGACGUCCCAACAGACAUUGCCUCUAUUAAGGAGGAGUCUCCUAUUGCUUAGCCGAAGAUCAACCUUCAAGGCUACAAUAAGCUUAACGAACAAUAAGUGAAUCGUUAUGAUGUGUGUUGUAUGAUAGUGUCUGUGUACAGGUUUGUUAGACAAACCGAAGAUUUGUUUGCAUUGUCUGGAGUGGCCCGACAUGUUUAUCAUUUUACAUUCUCUCCAAGGAUGAAGACAAAGAGUAUUG